UUUUCAUCCUCGGUAAAGUAGACGUGGCAGUGACGUCAGUUCCGGAAACUACCCGGAUCGAAACUUUAACUCCUGGGUUGAUUAGUUUCAACCAGAAACAUCGAGGGCUCCCGAAAUAUGAUGUAAUGUCGAGUUAAAAAUGUGUGUACGUAUGCCCAUGAAGGAUACCCCUCCUUGGAUGUGAGUUUUUGGAUAUUCAUCCAUCACGCAGAGAAGGACCCGGUAGUCCCAGAGGAAAGGGACCCGGUAGUCCCAGGUUGGUGACACUUGUGAGGCAUCAAGAUGACGUGCCGGGAUCGGACCCUCGAGUUCCAGUCAGCCUGUAAAUCUCUCCAGAGCAGACCGAAUGGAGUCCAGCCCAGUAAACCCGCUCUCAGUGCUCUGCGGCAGCGCAGUGACUUCACAGUUAUGGCCAAGAGAAUUGGAAAAGACUUGAGCAACACGUUUGCCAAAUUGGAAAAGCUCACUAUUUUGGCAAAAAGAAAAUCUUUAUUUGACGACAAGGCGGUGGAAAUCGAGGAGCUAACGUACAUCAUUAAACAAGACAUCAACAGUCUAAACAAACAGAUUGCACAGCUGCAGGACUUGGUGAGGUCCCGCGGAGCUCCAGGUGGUCGACACAUCCAAACCCACUCUAACACCAUAGUGGUGUCGUUGCAGUCCAAACUGGCUUCAAUGUCCAAUGACUUCAAGUCAGUGCUAGAAGUCAGAACAGAGAACCUGAAGCAGCAGCGCAGCAGGAGAGAGCAGUUCUCACAGCCCCCGGUCUCGUCUUCUCCUCUGAUGGCCAACAACUUCAGGAGCCGCAAAAAAGGGGCCCAGGAGCCGCAUGCAGCUCGUGACCCGCGCAAUGGUUACCAGGGCAAUACAACCUCAAAUUUAAAAGAGAGCUCAGUCCUGAUGCAGGACGAGUCCCGGAGUAUGGGCGACGUAGCCAUCGAUAUGGACUCUCAGACCAAUCCCCUGCAACUCCAGCUUAUUGAUGAGCAGGACUCGUACAUCCAGAGCCGUGCAGACACCAUGCAGAACAUCGAAAGCACCAUUGUGGAGCUGGGCUCUAUAUUCCAGCAGCUGGCACACAUGGUCAAGGAGCAAGAGGAGACCAUUCAAAGGAUCGACGCUAACGUCGAGGACACCCAGCUCAACGUGGAGUCCGCCCACACGGAGAUCCUCAAAUACUUCCAGUCAGUCUCCUCCAACCGCUGGCUGAUGAUCAAGAUCUUUCUCGUCCUCGUCGUCUUCUUCAUCGUAUUUGUUGUCUUCUUCGCCUGAAGAAAAGAGAAGCAGGGUGAUGGAUGGAUGGAUGGAUGGGUGGGGGGGGGAGUAGCACGUUGAAUGAGGUGAAGUGGAACUAAAAGCUGGACCAAGACAACGUGUCCAGACGUAUUUGAAGGACGGACUUCACUUUGGAAGUGACGCUUCGGUGGAGGCCCAGGAGCCGCUCCGAUUAAUACAAACUUUCCGGUUGAUACCAAGCCACGGAUUCUUGAUCUCAAUUCAGUGAAGAACGAAGAUGUUGAAUUCUGUCCAAAUAAAUUAUCUAAAAUCCCGACUGUAUAGAGCGCGACAGAGAGAGCAACAUGUUGCUCACUAUUUUACUUUGACCAAUUAUUCAUGAACAUUUAAUCAAAAUGGCUAUAAUUUUAUGGUUUGAUUCUGCAAACUCUGAUUUUUUUUGUUUUGUUUACACGUCAUUUACCAUUAUGAUUAUUAUUACAGAGCGUAAGUUUUUUUCCCUGGGAUCAUUUACCUAAUUAGUUUACUUUGCUAUAAUUGAAGAGCAUGACUGUGCCCCUUCUUUAUCAACGAUUUGUCACUUAAUGAUACAUUUUUUUUUUAAAAUUCUGUUACAUGUUCAAACUUAACUUGCCAAAUGGUUACUCGUAUACAGCUGUGACACGAGUCGCGUCCUGAAGACCCCAGAGGUUACAGCCGCAGCCCGCUGAGGGGACUGUCGCGCCUGGUAUUCUCAUACAAGCGCUGCAAAAUCUCAAGAUAUUUCACCAAACCGUUUAAACCGAGUUUAAACCUUGCACAUCAAGUGUUGAGCGUAUGAGUGGAGCAUCCGAAUGACCCGGGUUUGACAUCAGUGCUUAUGAAGGGGUUGUGCUGGUUGUGAAGCCUCUAAUGAAGUGACUCAAUCAGCCACAUUCCCUGGAAAUGUCUGGUUGGAUGCCGCUGUUGUAGUUUCUUCUUCCCUCUUAAUCUUUCUAAACAAUCGGAUGUUACAAUAAAAGACCAUAGCUUUUAAAAAAAAGAGAAAACAUCCUGUCUGUUCUUUUUUUUUUUAGCCAAAUGCCUUGACUUCAGUGUAUAAAGUGCAAAUAGUGAUAAUCCUGUAUUGAUAAAGUGCAUAUUAAUAAAAUGAUAAUGGGGUGCUG